AUGGGACGUGUGGCGAGAGAGUGUGACAAGCCUCAUCUGUCUGAGUCUCAGGCCGACUGUAGGAUUGAAAAAGUCUCACUUGUUGAUGACACUCGUCUCUUUCACAGCCUGAGCUGGUGUCAGCUGUCAGAGAGAAGUGGUUCCCUUCUGUCCUCAGUCCUCAGCUCUCCGUCCUCUCGUCUGACACAACUGGACCUCAGCUACAACGAGAACCUGGAGGAUCCAGGAGUGGAACUGCUGUCUGCUGGACUGAAGAGUCCACACUGUCACCUGGAGACUCUCAGUCUGUCAGGGUGUAGGAUCUCAGAGAGAGGCUGUGCUUCUCUGGCCUCAGCUCUGACAUCUAACCCCUCCCAUCUGAGAGAGCUGGACCUGAGCUUCAACCAUCCAGGAGGAUCAGGACUGGAGCUGCUGUCUGCUGGACUGGAGAGUCCAGACUGGAGGCUGGAGACUCUCAGGCUGGAUCACUGUGGACCACAGAGGUUAACACCUGGACUGAAGAGAUAUUUCCGACCACUCUCACUGGACCCAGACACAGCUCACCGGCGCCUCCUACUGUCCAACAACAACAACAUGGUGGAGCUAGUGACGGAGGAUCAGGAGUAUCUGGACCAUCCCGACAGGUUUGAGCGGUGUCCUCAGGUGAUGAGCAGAGACGCUGUGACUGGUGUCUGUUACUGGGAGGUGGAGUGGAGAGGAAGAGUUUCUGUGGCCGUGACUCUCAGGAGAGACGGAGGGAAAGAAGACGAGUCUGAGUUUGGACAGAACCGUUAUUCCUGGAGUCUGAGCUGCUCUGAUGAUGCUGGAUAUAAAGUCUGUCACAAUAAGACAGAAACUGUCAUCCAGAGCUCAGAAGUCUCUCACAGAGUUGGAGUGUUGCUGAACGCACCUGCUGGAUUUCUUCACUUCUACAGAGUCUCCUCUGGAGUCUGGACCCGCCUCUGCUUCUUCUUCACCUCCACUGAACCUCUCUACCUGGGAUUUGGACUCAGAGAGGCUCCUGGUUCUGGUUCCUCAGUGUGUGUGUGUGACCUGAGUGUGUGAGCGUGUUCCUUCAACAAACUGGUGUUGCUGGUUCAAAUCCCCAUCCAAAAUGCUGACAGUGAGGGAUGAAAUCAAACAUUUCCCACCACUGUAAAUGAAUAGAAAAUAUUGAUUCCCCUCUGGAUCUUUGACCUUUACCACCAAGCCCUAACGUCAUACUGCUGCAAUUUAUUUGAGCUUCUCCAACCCCUGUUCCAACAUUACAGCCACACGAGUCACUAAUUUCACCACCUGGGUUUGAUAUCGCAUCUUUAUUCACAGACUCCCCAGUGCUCUCCGCUCUCCAAUGGAUCAGCAACAACACAGACCGGAAAUAAACUUUGCAUUUUGUGCACAGAUCUUUCCUGACAACUUAAAUAAUGCUAACAUGUAAAGUCAUUUUAUUGGUUUCAAUUCGCCUGAAACAGUUUAGUGAAUGUGCCUAUAUUUUUGUGGAAAUAAAUGAAACUUUUUCACCGUGCAUGUGCACGCAUGCAACAGGCGACUACGAUGGUGAAUACCUGGAGGGGCCUGUCCUCACG